GCUUUCAGUUUUCUUUAUCUGGGCUUGUUUCGAUUUGCUUUAAGAAACCAAAAUUUGUCUUGAAAAAAAUUUUCAUGGUUCAGGGUUCAAUUCUUGUUUCUUUAGCGUAAAAUUGUCAUUCUAAUGGCAAAAGGAAAAGGGACACUUGAUUUUAGCCUUAAAAGGAGAUUUUUACGUGGGUUUGUGUUGCAUUAAUCAUUGAUUGGUUAGGCAUGCGGAAGGAGUACUUCUCAGGAGAGACAGCAGCUUUUUGCUGCAUCCUGCUGUGAAAUAGGCAUAUCUUGAUCAUUUGCAAUUGUGGCUUUGGUUUGAAAUUAGAGGAGGAGCACAAGAAACAUACAGUUUUGAUCCUUUUUUUUUCAUUUUUUUGUUUUGUUUUUUGUUGUAUUAUUAUUUUCUGUUGUUCUUAGAUUAUAGGAAAGUAUGAGGUAUCUUCAAUGUUAAGCUUUUUCACUGGGCUCUUGGAAAAAGUUUAGGGAAUACAGGUGAUGCAUAAUUUCGUGAAAAGCAGGACACUGUGGAUAAAGUUUUGAUUUUUUUAAAGCUUUUUUUGGGUUGCUUUUAGGUUAUUGGGAAGUAUGAUACAAAUUCAGAUUACGGGGAAAUAUGAGCGAAGUUCGAUCUUAAAUAUUUUGACUAUCUUUUGGAAGUGCCAUUGAGAAGUCUAGGUAAUAAGAAAUUGUGGUAAUGUAGAAUCGUGUGCUAAAAGCAGGAUGGCAGUGUGUGAAGCAUGGCAACUAGGCUUCAUAGAUGCCGAUGUGUGAAACGUGGCAACUUUUAUAAAUGAUAUUGCAGGUAAUUUAUCCUAAAUAGUCUCGGGGAGAAAGUUAUACUUUGCCGCCCUUACUUGAGGAGGCUUUUUUUUUAAUCCAAUGACUUCGAGAAAACACAUACCAUCAGCACAUGAAGGACGUUCUGUACCAGGUCCUGCUUUCAUUCAUCAUGGUGCAUUGCCUGCUGGCCAUCGUCCGAUGGAGCCACUUCCUCCUCCUGAGCUUUUAGAUAGUAGAUUGGCUGUUCAGGCAGCGGAAAUUGAGCAGCUUGCUGUGGAUAAUCAUAGGUUGGCAGCCUCCCAUGGGGCUUUGAGGCAGGAUCUUGUUGCUGCUCAGCAAGAAAUACAGAAGCUUGCAGAUCAUAUUAGAAGCAUGCAGACUGAGAGUGAUAUCCAGAUUCGUGUAUUAUUGGAAAGGAUAGCAAAAAUGGAAGUUGACAUCAGAGCUGGUGAGAGUGUAAAGAAGGACUUGCAGCAAGCACAUUCUGAGGCACGGAGCCUGGCAUUAGCUAGAAAAGAGCUGACUGCUCAAGUACAAAAGGCCAGUCAGGAGCUGGAGAAAGCCCGUGCUGAUGUCAAAACAUUACCGGAAAUGAAUACUGAACUCGAUAGUUUAAGGAAAGAACAUCAAAGGUUACGAAUGACAUUUGAGUACGAAAAAGGUUUAAACAUAGAGAAAGUGGAAAAAAUGCGAAUCAUGGAGAAGGAAAUGGUGGGCAUGCAUGGAGAACUGGAAAGAUUGCGUGCCGAGGUGUUCAAUGUCGAGAAGAGAGCACAUGCUCCCUACACGUAUGGUGGACCCAACAUCAAUCCACAUACAUUCUACCCACCUGCUGUACAUGGUAGUGGUGGAUAUGUUGAUAAUUAUGGAAGACCUGCUGUUCCGAUGGGUGCUGGGCCUAUAUCCCCGGGAAUGAUCCCGUAUGGUGGUUCCGUCACUGCAGGUGCUCCUGAUGGAGUUGGAGCUGUAGCAGGAGCUGUUGCUGGUGCUGCUGGGAAUCCUUCAUGGACGGGAACAUAUGAUGCCUCGCAUGCUCGGAGGUGAAUGUAUCAGCCAAAACUGGAUCCUGGUGUCCCUUCGUAUGCAACUUAGUAGAAUCUUGUGUUGAUGAUUUACCAAAUACUAGCUUGUAGGCUUGUACUCGUUAACUCUGAGAAUUCCUUGUAAGUUAUCGUAACCUGUUUCAUGGCUUUAGCCAAAUUUUACUACAAGAAUUGUAGCAUGUUGUUAGCUUCUGUA